AUGCGUGGUAAAUAUUUGGAACAAAAUUUUGAACGAGCUAUGCGCUCAUUCCUUUCAGAUGAAUCAUCAAGUAAAAGGCAAAAGUCACAGGUUGAUUAUAAUAAACGUUCUGAAAAUAACGUCAUUCAAAUUGUCCGUUUGGUCAAGCAUCGCAGUUUGGAACCAAUAAUUGUAUUUAGUUUCAGUAAAAAGGAGUGCGAAAUCUAUGCACUCCAGUUGGCUAAAUUUGAUUUUACCACUGGUUUGUUUAUUUUCUGGUUUUUUAGGUUUUAA